AUGUUCAAACCACAACUUUACGAUAUAAUACGUAAACACAAACAAGUGUUUAUUAAAUAUUCUUUGGAUGGUAUAUUAAGUAAAGAAGGCCAUGAUAUUAUUAGACUACCACCGUAUCAUCCGGAUUUAAAUCCCAUUGAAAUGAUUCGGUCACAAGUAAAACAGUACAUUGCAAAACAAAAUCAUAAUGGUAGCAUCAAAAAAAUUGCAGAACUGUGUAAACAAAAAAAUGAAUCUAUGGGGGAUUCUGAGUGGGGAGCAGUUUGUGCAAACGUGAAAAAAUUAAAAGCAGAAAUGUGGAAAAAUGAAAGUUAUAUGGACAUCGAAAUGGAUAAAUUAAUAGUAACGUACGGAGAAGAUACAACUGACGACAGCGAUACAAGUACCGAAGAUGAAGACGAUGAUUUAGGUGUAGCACCACUACAGCUAUAA